GGAUCUAGCUACUACCAGGCCUUAGUGUUACAGAAUAUUACUGACCAUGAACAAGAUGAAGAAGAAGCUGCCUGAGCAGAUCCUGAAUCACAUCCUGGAGAUUCUCUACCUGCUGACGGGAGAGCGUGUGACUAACUCACUGACAGCGAGUCACAUGACCGGGGACAAGAUGACAACAGAGAGGAUACUGACCCACACCCUGCAGAUCAUGUACCUGCUGACAGGGGAGGUGCCUAUAAAGUGUGAGGAUGUUGCUGUUUAUUUCUCUAUGGAGGAGUGGGAGUAUAUAGAGGGACACAAGGAGCUUUACAAGGACGUCAUGAUGGAGACUCACCAAGCAGUAAGGACUAUGGAGAUCCCAGGAAAUGAGAGCUCAGAACUAACAGGUCACAGAGAUGAAAAUCUAGACACAGGAGCACAAGGAGAACUUGUACAGGAUAUUAAGCCAUCAGAUGUCUCUGCAAGUGAGUGAUCUAUGGUAUAAGCUUCACACUUUAAAAAAAACCCCACCUGAUUCUGAUAUCAUUUCACCCUAUAAAAAUAAUGAACCUCAGUACAGACAGAUUGCAAUGCUAAAAUCUAUUUGGUACAUAAACCUACCUUCCCUUCUCUCUCACCCUCUGAUUUAUGUAAAUGGUACACACACCCUCUAGUCUCUUCACUCUCACCCUCUGAUUUAUGUAAAUGGUACACACACGCCCUAUAGUCUCUUCACUCUCACCCUCUGAUUUAUGUAAAUGCUACGCACACACACCCUCUAGUCUCUUCACUCUCACCCUCUGAUUUAUAUAAAUAGUACACACACACACACCCUCUAGUCUCUUCACUCUCACCCUCGGAUUUAUGUAAAUGGUACACACACACCCUCUAGUCUCUUCACUCUCACCCUCUGAUUUAUAUAAAUGGUACACACACACACCACCUCUAGUCUCUCCACUCUCACCCUCUGAUUUAUAUAAAUGGUACACACACACACCCUCUAGUCUCUUCACUCUCACCCUCUGAUUUAUAUAAAUGGUACACACACACACCCUCUAGUCUCUUCACUCUCACCCUCUGAUUUAUAUAAAUGGUACACACACACACACCCUCUAGUCUCUCCACUCUCACCCUCUGAUUUAUAUAAAUGGUACACACACACACCCUCUAGUUUCUCCACUCUCACCCUCUGAUUUAUAUUAAUGGUACAUACACACACACCCUCUAGUCUCUUCACUCUCACCCUCUGAUUUAUAUACAUGGUACACACACACCCUCUAGUCUCUUCACUCUCACCCUCUGAUUUAUAUAAAUGGUACACACACACCCUCUAGUCUCUUCACUCUCACCCUCUGAUUUAUAUAAAUGGUACACACACACACACCCUCUAGUUUCUUCACUCUCACCCUCUGAUUUAUAUAAAUGGUACACACACACACCCUCUAGUCUCUUCACUCUCACCCUCGGAUUUAUAUAAAUGGUACACACACACACCCUCUAGUCUCUCCACUCUCACCCUCUGAUUUAUGUAAAUGGUACAUACACACACACCCUCUAGUCUCUUCACUCUCACCCUAUGAUUUAUGUAAAUGGUACAUACACACACACCCUAUAGUCUCUUCACUCUCACCCUCUGAUUUAUGUAAAUGGUACAUACACACACACCCUCUAGUCUCUUCACUCUCACCCUCUGAUUUAUGUAAAUGGUACAUACACACACCCUCUAGUCUCUCCACUCUCACCCUCUGAUUUAUGUAAAUGGCACACACACACCCUCUAGUCUCUUCACUCUCACCCUCUGAUUUAUGUAAAUGGUACACACACACCCUCUAGUCUCUCCACUCUCACCCUCUGAUUUAUGUAAAUGGUACAUACACACACCCUCUAGUCUCUUCACUCUCACCCUCUGAUUUAUAUAAAUGGUACACACACUCACCCUCUAGUCUCUUUACUCUCACCCUCUGAUUUAUAUAAAUGGUACACACACACCCUCUAGUCUCUUCACUCUCACCCUCUGAUUUAUGUAAAUGGUAUACACACACACCCUCUAGUCUCUUCACUCUCACCCUCUGAUUUAUGUAAAUGGUACACACACACACCCUCUAGUCUCUUUACUCUCACCCUCUGAUUUAUAUAAAUGGUACACACACACCCUCUAGUCUCUUCACUCUCACCCUCUGAUUUAUAUAAAUGGUACACACACACACCCUCUAGUCUCUUUACUCUCACCCUCUGAUUUAUAUAAAUGGUACACACACACCCUCUAGUCUCUUCACUCUCACCCUCUGAUUUAUGUAAAUGGUACACACACACACACACACACACAACACCCUCUAGUCUCUUCACUCUCACCCUCUGAUUUAUAUAAAUGGUACACACACACCCUCUAGUCUCUUCACUCUCACCCUCUGAUUUAUAUAAAUGGUACACACACCCUCUAGUCUCUUCACUCUCACCCUCUGAUUUAUAUAAAUGGUACACACACACACCCUCUAGUCUCUUCACUCUCACCCUCUGAUUUAUAUAAAUGGUACAUACACACACACCCUCUAGUCUCUUCACUCUCACCCUCUGAUUUAUAUAAAUGGUACACACACACACACCCUCUAGUCUCUUCACUCUCACCCUCUGAUUUAUAUAAAUGGUACAUACACACACACACACCCUCUAGUCUCUUCACUCUCACCCUCUGAUUUAUGUAAUUGGUACACACACACACACCCUCUAGUCUCUUCACUCUCACCCUCUGAUUUAUAUAAAUGGUACACACACACACCCUCUAGUCUCUUCACUCUCACCCUCUGAUUUAUAUAAAUGGUACAUACACACACACCCUCUAGUCUCUUCACUCUCACCCUCUGAUUUAUGUAAUUGGUACACACACACACACCCUCUAGUCUCUUCACUCUCACCCUCUGAUUUAUGUAAUUGGUACACACACACACCCUCUAGUCUCCACUCUCACCCUCUGAUUUAUAUAAAUGGUACACACACACACACCCUCUAGUCUCUUCACUCUCACCCUCUGAUUUAUAUAAAUGGUAUAUACACACACCCUCUAGUCUCUUCACUCUCACCCUCUGAUUUAUGUAAAUGGUACACACACACACACCCUCUAGUCUCUUCACUCUCACCCUCUGAUUUAUAUAAAUGGUACACACACACACACCCUCUAGUCUCUUCACUCUCACCCUCUGAUUUAUAUAAAUGGUACACACACACACCCUCUAGUCUCUCUACUCUCACCCUCUGAUUUAUAUAAAUGGUACACACACACACACCCUCUAGUCUUUUCACUCUCACCCUCUGAUUUAUAUAAAUGGUACAUACACACACACCCUCUAGUCUCUUCACUCUCACCCUCUGAUUUAUAUAAAUGGUACAUACACACACCCUCUAGUCCCUCCACUCUCACCCUCUGAUUUAUGUAAAUGGUACAUACACACACACCCUCUAGUCUCUUCACUCUCACCCUCUGAUUUAUAUAAAUGGUACACACACCCUCUAGUCUCUUCACUCUCACCCUCUGAUUUAUAUAAAUGGUACAUACACACACCCUCUAGACUCUUCAGUCUCACCCCCUGAUUUAUAUAAAUGGUACACACACACCCUCUAGUCUCUCCACUCUCACCCUCUGAUUUAUAUAAAUGGUACAUACACACCCUCUAGUCUUUUCACUCUCACCCUCUGAUUUAUAUAAAUGGUACAUACACACCCUCUAGUCUCUCCACUCUCAUCCUCUGAUUUAUAUAAAUGGUACACACACACACACACACCCUCUAGUCUCUUCACUCUCACCCUCUGAUUUAUGUAAAUUGUACACACACACACCCUCUAGUCUCUCCACUCUCACCCUCUGAUUUAUGUAAAUGUUAUAUACACACACCCACUCUCACCCUCUGAUUUAUGUAAAUGGUACACACACACACCCUCUAGUCUCUUCACUCUCACCCUCCGAUUUAUGUAAAUUGUACACACACACCCUCUAGUCUCUCCACUCUCACCCUCUGAUUUAUGUAAAUGGUACACACACACACCCUCUAGUCUCUUCACUCUCACCCUCUGAUUUAUAUAAAUGGUACACACACACACACCCUCUAGUCUCUUCACUCUCACCCUCUGAUUUAUAUAAAUGGUACAUACACACACACCCUCUAGUCUCUUCACUCUCACCCUAUGAUUUAUGUAAAUGGUACACACACACCCACCUUCUAGUCUCUCCACUCUCACCCUCUGAUUUAUGUAAAUGGUAAACACACACACACACCCUCUAGUCUCUCCACUCUCACCCUCUGAUUUAUGUAAAUGGUAAACACACACACACACCCUCUAGUCUCUCCACUCUCACCCUCUGAUUUAUGUAAAUGGUACACACACACACACUCUAGUCUCUUCUUUCUCGCUCUCUGAUUUAUAUAAAUGGUACAUACACACACACCCUCUAGUCUCUUCACUCUCACCCUCUGAUUUAUGUAAAUGGUACAUACACACACACACCCUCUAGUCUCUUCACUCUCACCCUCUGAUUUAUAUAAAUGGUACACACACACCCUCUAGUCUCUCCACUCUCACCCUCUGAUUUAUAUAAAUGGUACACACACACACACCCUCUAGUCUCUUCACUCUCACCCUCUGAUUUAUUUUAAUUGUACACACACACCCUCUAGUCUCUCCACUCUCACCCUCUGAUUUAUGUAAAUGGUACAUACACACACACCCUCUAGUCUCUCCACUCUCACCCUCUGAUUUAUGUAAAUGGUACACACACCCUCUAGUCUCUUCACUCUCACCCUCUGAUUAAUGUAAAUGGUACACACACACACACACACACCCUCUAGUCUCUUCACUCUCACCCUCUGAUUUAUAUAAAUGGUACACACACACCCUCUAGUCUCUUCACUCUCACCCUCUGAUUUAUGUAAAUGGUACACAAACACACACACCCUCUAGUCUCUCCACUCUCACCCUCUGAUUUAUGUAAAUGGUACAUACACACACCCUCUAGUCUCUCCACUCUCACCCUCUGAUUUAUGUAAAUGGUACACACACACCCUCUAGUCUCUUUACUCUCACCCUCUGAUUUAUAUAAAUGGUACAUACACACACCCUCUAGUCUCUCCACUCUCACCCUCUGAUUUAUGUAAAUGGUACAUACACACACCCUCUAGUCUCUCCACUCUCACCCUCUGAUUUAUGUAAAUGGUACACACACACCCUCUAGUCUCUUCACUCUCACCCUCUGAUUUAUAUAAAUGGUACACACACACACACACACCCUCUAGUCUCUUCACUCUCACCCUCUGAUUUAUGUAAAUGGUACACACACACACCCUCUAGUCUCUUCACUCUCACCCUCUGAUUUAUAUAAAUGGUACACACACACACCCCCUAGUCUCUUCACUCUCCCCCUCUGAUUUAUAUAAAUGGUACACACACACACACACCCUCUAGUCUCUUCACUCUCACCCUGUGAUUUAUAUAAAUGGUACACACACACACCCUCUAGUCUCUUCACUCUCACCCUCUGAUUUAUGUAAAUGGUACGCACACACCCUCUAGUCUCUUCACUCUCACCCUCUGAUUUAUAUAAAUGGUACACACACACACCCUCUAGUCUCUUCACUCUCACCCUCUGAUUUAUGUAAAUGGUACACACACACACCCUCUAGUCUCUUCACUCUCACCCUCUGAUUUAUGUAAAUGGUACACACACACUCACACCCUCUAGUCUCUCCACUCUCACUCUCUGAUUUAUGUAAAUGGUACACACACACCCUCUAGUCUCUUCACUCUCACCCUCUGAUUUAUUUAAAUGGUACACAUACACCCUCUAGUCUCUUCACUCUCACCCUCUGAUUUAUGUAAAUGGUACACACACACCCUCUAGUCUCUUCACUCUCACUCUCUGAUUUAUGUAAAUGGUACACACACACCCUCUAGUCUCUUCACUCUCACCCUCUGAUUUAUUUAAAUGGUACACACACACCCUCUAGUCUCUUCACUCUCACCCUCUGAUUUAUGUAAAUGGUACACACACACACCCUCUAGUCUCUUCACUCUCACCCUCUGAUUUAUGUAAAUGGUACACACACACUCACACCCUCUAGUCUCUUCACUCUCACCCUCUGAUUUAUGUAAAUGAUACACACACACCCUCUAGUCUCUUCACUCUCACCCUCUGAUUUAUGUAAAUGGUACACACACACUCUAGUCUCUUCACUCUCACCCUCUGAUUUAUAUAAAUGAUACACACACACACCCUCUAGUCUCUUCACUCUCACCCUCUGAUUUAUAUAAAUGGUACACACACACCCUCUAGUCUCUUCACUCUCACUUAUGCAAAAAAGAGAUUUGCAAAAAAAAGGAAAGGCUGCUUAUCUCUUAGUGAAUAUAUCAACAAAAUCCCAUAAGUGUAAGGAAUCAAUUUUUUUUUGUAAUAAAAUUUGUCUCAAAAAACAACACUCAUACUAGGCAAAACUUUAU